AUGGUGACGACGCUCUAUAGAGAGAACAGGACCCUCCACCACGCCUGCUCCGUCGGAAACUACGACCUCGCCAUCGCUCUCAUCGGCACCGGCGUCGACGUCAACGCCCCCAACGAAAAAAACGAGCUCCCCCUCCACCAAGCCUGCCUAUGGAACCGACGCGAAAUCGUCACUCUCCUCCUGAAAAAAGGCGCCGACAUCAACAAAUCCAAUUCCGAGGGCGAAACGCCCCUCCACAUCGCUUGCAACCAAGGCGACAACGAUCUCGUCAAACUACUGAUCAACAACGGAGCCCAGUUGGACCUGGUGGACAAGUCCCAAGAAACCGCGCUCUUCAAAGCCUGCGCCAACUCCAACUACGACAUCGUCAAGACCUUGAUCGAAAGCGGCGCCUGCUUGAACAUCCCGGAGAGCCAGUACGGCUACGUGCCGUUGCACCGAGCCUGCGCACACGGCAUCUACGGGAUCGCGGAGCUCAUGCUCGACCACGACGCCGAGAUCGACGCCCGGGAUAACUACAUGCAGACGCCGCUGUUCCGGGCGUGCGAAGCGGGCGACGCGGAUAUCCUCCAGCUGCUGGUGGAGGAGGGCGCGAGGGUCAACGUCGUGGACUUCGAAGGGGCCACGGCGGCUCACCUGACAGCGAAGUACCAGAACGUGCAGAUCUUGAGGAUUCUGGCGGAGUAUGGGGCCAAGUUGGAUGUGCAGGACUUGGAUGGAAGCACGCCCUUGCACCAGGCCAGCAAAGAAGGAAACUUGCCGGUGGUUCAAUUUCUGGUGGAGAGAAACGUCAACGUAAACUCGCAGGACAUGCAAGAGCAGUGUCCGCUGCAUCUAGCUGCCUAUCGGGGACACGACAAAAUCGUGUCCCUUUUGUUGGAAAAUGGGGCUUGGGUGAACUCCGUGGAUGAGGGUGGACAAACCCCUUUGCAUGCAGCUUGUUACUGGGGUCAAGCUGACGUCGCCAAAAUCCUGAUUGAGAAAGGGGCUUCCCUGGAUAAAAUUGACGAAGAUGGUAAAGCACCCAUUCACUAUUGUGUUAUCAAGGAACACUUUAAGGUCAUUAAAAUUUUGCUCGAAUGGGAUAGUUCCCAACUCAGUUUGGUGGAUGGGUUGAAUUACACGCCGCUGCACUUAGCUUGCGAGAAUGGGGAUUUGGAGAUGGUCAAAUUGCUGGUUGACCAUGGGGGAGGGGUGAAUCUCGCUGGGAAGGUGGGUCAGACGCCCAUGCACUUGGCUUGUCGGUAUGGGUUGGUGGAGAUUGCGCAGGAGUUGCUUGGAAGGGGCGGCGAUUUGAAUAUGGUCGAUGAUAAUGGGAACCGACCCAGAGAUCUGGCCAGGAUUUUUGACCAUGUGGACGUACUUGAUUUCUUAGAUGGUGUACAUGUUGAAAGCGAAUAA